AUGUGGGGGUUCGAUCACGACGAGGCAAGAUCACAACGAGAAGUGUCUUCAUUCCCGAAUUCUCAACAUAACAUAACAAAUGAAACUCUGCUGCAAAAUGUAUCAUGUCAGUCGAUAAUCAGCCCAGAUGGAUCUGAGAUAAAACUCAUUCCUAAACUCAUCUCAUCACCACCGGUUCCUUUAGCGGGUUUGAAAGAAAUUGAUCGACAUCUUCUCUGCAGGUUACCAGAUUGCUACAAGAAACCUUGUCGGGAAGGAUUGUGUGAAGAAACAAUAGAUGGAUAUACGUGUGUCUGCCCACCAGGUUUCAUGGGAGAACACUGUGAAAAAGGUAGCAUGAGGGUGGAUGAAUCCAUGACACCAACUACUUGGGACUCACAGAGAGGAUCAUUAAAACAAGUCCCCGCCUCUACUUUAAUUCACGAUAGAGAACAUGAUGAAACUGUUCACGACACUGACCCGUCGUCGGUCUCUGCAUUUGAAGAAUCAUCUCCCCUUCAUUCUAGUCUAGAAUAUUUUCAUCCAUCUGACCAUCCCGUCUAUCAUUCAUCUUCUUUCCACCUCUCCAUAUUGCCUUUGUCCUCCAACUCCAUGCCAAAUUCCUUUUCCAUCUCCUCAUCAACCAUGUCAGUCUCUGACAGUUCUUCUUCUUCAUCACCACCACCACUAACCCCAUCACCUACACCAACAACACUUUCGUCACCCCCAGCAACCUUUCUUGCAACAUCUGAUAUCCUGACUACUGUUCGGCAUUCUUCUUCUUCAACGUCGUUUCAUCCUCAAUACACCCCUUCUUUAACCUAUCCACUUGUCUCUCACAUGUCGCCCUCUUUACCAUCUCCAACACGUUCUCUGACCACCUCUAUUAUUCAAUCGCCACGAUUAUCUUCCUUUUCAUCACCAAUUUUACAUUCCCCAUCCAACGAUGCUACACUUGAAUCCUUCACUCUCCUACAUUCAUCUUCCGAUAGUAGACCUACACCCUCUUCUCUUGUUAACGGAUUGGUAUCUAAUCAUUCGGAGGAAUCUUUCGAUGCUUUCAAUCAAGCAUUGAACGUUUUCAAGUCUUUCAAUUGGUCAAUGUAUUACAAUUUGUCCACGUUUGGUAACCUGUCUGCAGAUAGCAACAGGUCGUUGUAUGUCGACUGGUCUAAUUAUGCCAACUUGUCUCAAUACACUCACUGGUCAUGGUUCCCGAUACCACCCCCAUGGAUCGAUCCAGGGAAUGCUGAUAAAGAAGAACCUACAUCGUCCUCUUCAACGUCGUACGUGUCAUCGACAUCUAGACGUAGACGUCGUCGUCGCCGAAGAUUUUGGGGAAAGAAAUAA